CAGUACACUAGGAAUAUUCACAAUCAAAUCACAUAAAUUUUCGGAAGAGCUUAGAAAAACAAUACAUUACUAAAAUAGUUCUUAGAAUACUGAAACACACGAAGAGUUACCACGAUGAUGCUAGCAACACGUACGGGCAAUGCAUUCUACAAGAAUGUGCAGCUGUACAAGCGGAUGCAUGUAUCGAAAUCUUGGAUGCAAGUCAAUACGAAUGAGGGCAUCCUGAGAAGACCCUGGCAUAUCCGUAGCUUGACUGCGAUUCAGCAGUGGCGGCGCUAUGCCACAAAAUGCGAUGAGUCAGCCGUUGUAAAGGGCGUUGUGGUGGGCGUAUACACCAAGGAGGGCGACAGGGAGCCCAAGCUGACGUCCAGUGGUGAGAAGUUUGAUGAUCGAGCACAGGGCAAAAUCUCGGAGUUGGUGCGCGAGACAAACAUGAAGGGUGAUCUGGGCAAGGGAUUAGUUUUUAUGAAUGUGGAUCCGGAAUUCAGUGCCGUUGCCGUGGUGGGCCUGGGACAGGAGGGCGCUGGCUUCAAUGACCUGGAAAUGAUUGAUGAGGGCAUGGAGAACGCACGCGUUGCUGCCGGCGUUGGGGCUCGUGCCCUGCAAUUGCAGGGCGUCACGGAUGUCUUCGUGGAUUCCAUGGAAUAUCCGGAGCAAGCGGCCGAGGGCAGCGCUUUGGCCAUUUGGCGAUACAAUAGCAAUCGCCGUAAACAGGAUCGCACACACAUACCCAAACUGGAGCUGUAUGAUUCACCCGAUGUGGAUGCAUGGACGCGUGGACUCUUCAAAGCCGAAUCACAAAAUUUGGCAAGACGCUUGAGUGAUGCGCCGGCCAAUCAGAUGACGCCCACCAUAUUCGCACAGUCUACUGUGGAUGCACUGUGUCCGUGCGGUGUGAGCGUCGACAUACGCUCCAUGGACUGGAUCGAGGAGAAUCGUCUCAACUCGUUUCUAAUGGUCGCCAAGGGCAGCUGUGAGCCGCCUGUUGUACUGGAGAUCAACUACUGCGGCACCGCGCCCGAGGACAAGCCUAUCCUGCUGCUUGGCAAGGGCCUCACCUACAACAGCGGGGGCCUCUGCCUGCGUCCCAAGGACUGUAUGCAAAUGUAUCGCGGCUGCAUGGCCGGCGCUGCUGUCUGUGUGGCCACCAUACGAGCCGCGGCAGCUCUGUCGCUGCCAUUGAACAUUAGUGCGGUGCUGCCGCUCUGCGAGAAUAUGCCGUCCGGGAUGGCCGUAAAGCCGGGGGAUGUGGUCACCCUGCUGAACGGCAAGACACUGGGCAUUAAGGAUGUCAGCAAGGCCGGCGUGGUGGUGAUGGCGGAUCCCCUCAUCUAUGCCCAAGCCAAUUUCAAGCCUCGCCUCGUCGUGGACAUUGCCACCUUGGGCUAUGGCGUCUGCUGUGGUCUUGGCGGCAGCGCUGCGGGCAUCUUCAGCAAUUCGAACUUUGUGUUCAAGCAGUUUGAAAAGGCUGGCGGCUUGACUGGCGAUCGUUUGUGGCGCUUGCCGCUUUGGAAUUACUUUAAACGACUGAUCUCACCCAAUAUCACCUACGACAUUAGCAAUCGAGGCCGUGGACCCGCCUCCAGCUGCAUAGCUGCUGCCGUGCUGCACGAGCUGGUGCCUUGCGUGGACUGGGCCCACAUUGAUAUCCGCAACGUGGGCAUGUUGACUCGUUACGCUCCGUUGCCGUACUUGCUCCGCGAUCGCAUGACUGGUCGUCCCACACGCACUAUCAUCCAGUUCCUUUACCAGAUGGCCUGUCCAGACAACAAGUAGACACUUGCAUCUACAAUAAGUUAGAAAUUUUUACUUUAUUAUUUUUAUCAACUUGAUUAGUUAGUCACGUUUCUAUUUCAACAUUUUCAAAAUUAUUCGUUAUUUUUUGAGUUGUUGAAAUGGUGGGGGGAAGAACACCCAAGAACACCCAACGUAUAUUAAGCAAAAUUUUACUGUAAACCACAAUACUAGUUAAACCACAUACUAGUUAGUAGUAUGACAGCAAUGUAUGAAGAUUAAAAAAGAUAUAUGUGCAUGUA